AUGCAAGAAUAAUAUGAAUUGUAUUAUACUACAUAUAAUCAGGAGAGAGAGAGGAUUAGAAAAUUUUACAGUAGUUUGAAAUCUGAGGAAUCCAAUCGAUUGUUGAAGAGUUAAUCUCUUAACGAAUCUUUGAAGAAAGCUGAGGGGUAUAAAAAUGAGAAGAAGUUGCAGAUUAAACAAAAGGCUCACAAAUUUAAUAUUAAAGCUAAAAUUAUACAGAGAAAGAACAAUUAGAUGCAGGAGCAUCAAUUUCUGGGUAUUAUUAAAUAGAAAAAUGAGUUGUUCAAGAAGGAGAUUGAGCUAGAACAUCGUCUUAAUAUUUUGAAUGCGGAAUAAAAAGAGUAGAUCAGAUAAAAUUAAAUCUAUAAAUCGAUGAAACACAAAAUCUAUUUAGAGAAGGUUGAAUAACAUCAAUUAAAAAUAGAAUAGGAGCAUCAGCAAAUGUUGGAAUAGAUGAAUAACAAAUUCUAGAAGGUCGAAUAAUAUAUUCAGAUUACAAGAGAUUCUUAAAAAUAGAAAUUUAGAAGUCUUAGUUACAAAUAUCUGACUUAUAAACACAAAGCAGAGAAUCUAAUCUUGGAAAAAACAGAAAACACCUUUUAAGAAGCCCUUGAUAACAUGUCUAAGAGAGAAUAAAUCUAUGUAUUCAUCCUUAUUUAAGUUAAAAAGGAAAAAUAUCUUGAGACAAAAGAAAAAGAGAGGAAAAAGAUUGUGAGAAGAAACAAAUUGGAAUUAGUCAAAUUUAAAAGAAACAAGAAAAGACAAGAGUCUAUUGAAAAAGCCUAAAAGCAAUUGUAAGAAUAGGAAAGACAAAGAAGAAUACUUAAUAACUCUACUUCCAUACCAAAAAUCAUCAUAACUGAACAUGAUGAUUAAGGUAAUAAUGAUGUUGAAGUAGAAGUCUAUGAAGUACCAUAAUCUCAUGAAUAAACUUAAACUUAUGAAGAAAAAGUUACAUCUUCAAAAAAGAAUUAAAAGGAAGAAUAAUCUAUUUUCACUAAUAUUAACGAAUCAUCUAUGCAAGUUACUUUGCCUGAAACCAAAAAUAUUGAAUCUCCCAAUUAUAAGAAACCAAGGAGGGAAUCAGAAAAAGAACGAUAAUAUUAAAUUUUAAUGAAAUUAAGGUUGAAUCUAAAAUAAGAAAGAGAGAAGUUGGAUAGAGAAUUGAACUCAUUCUUCAUUAGUCAGCCAAUAAAUUUAAAUUGA